AUGGCAAAUGUGCCAUUUCGCAACGCAGUCGGCUGCUUGAUGUACCUUAUGGUGGGUACACGCCCAGACCUUGCAGCUGCAGUGGGAGUGCUUAGCCAGUUCUCGGCAGACCCUUGUCCGACCCAUUGGCAAGCUCUUAAGCGGGUGUUACGUUACAUCCAAGGCACAAGGGAAUAUGGAAUCGAGUAUCAAGCAACAAACAAUGACAAACUGCACGGCUACUCGGAUGCAGACUGGGCCGGAGACGUGGAAGCUCGACGAAGCACAAGCGGGUACACGUUCAUAUUGAACAACGGGUAUGUAAGCUGGAGAAGUAAGAAACAGAGCACUGUGGCUCUUUCAUCUACGGAAGCGGAGUACAUGGCUUUGACGGAAGCUGCACAAGAAGCAAUUUGGCUGAAGGCACUAUUAUGUGAGCUCGACGAGAUGAGGAGCGAUGAAGCUGUCAAGAUUUACGAAGACAAUCAAGGUUCCAUCGCUUUGGCCAAAAAUCCCGAAUUUCACAAGCGCACAAAACACAUUGACAUUCGGUAUCACUUUGUACGCGAAAAAGUGGCUGAAGGAACAUUGGUGUUGUAA